AUGUUAUCUACCGUAGAUUACGCAGGCCUUAUACCUGUGGCCCAGAAAUUCCUCGCAGCAGCGAAGGAAUGGGCUUCUGUCCCGAUUUUGGGCUCCGUGGCCUAUCUGCUUGCAGUGGCCGUUCUCCGCAAUCGAAGAAUAAAGAAUAACGUGAAGAAAUUCAACUAUCCAACCCGAGCGUCGAUGGCUGGUAUGUCCGAUGAUGACGCAUGGGAGAUUAUCCUGGAAACUGCCCAGCUGGAGUUUCCUUUCACUCAUCUCAAGGCUCUGCAAUUCUCCCUGUUUAGAACCUAUGGAAUUCCCACCAUCUCCAAAACCCUUGUGCAAACCGGCCAGUUUGCGAAGCCCGAAUUCUCGAUGAAGCGUUAUGCGGACACCGCAGUGUUGAUUUCAGAGUUCUUUGGAAACCCGCCGACUUCAGAGCGUACUCGCGAGGCUAUUGCACGCAUGAACUAUCUUCACCAGUUGUACCGUGCGUCAGGAAAGAUCUUGGACGAUGAUAUGCUCUACACCCUCAGUUUGUUCGCUCUAGAGCCAGCCCGAUGGAUCGGAAAAUACGAAUGGCGCCAGAUUUCAGAUAUGGAGAAAUGUGCCAUUGGGACAUUCUGGAGGAGUAUUGGCGAUGCUAUGCUGAUUAGCUUUGACAAUCUACCUUCAUCUAAGAUCGGCUUCAAGGACGGUAUCCACUUCUUUGAGGAACUCGAGGCUUGGAGCGAAGAGUACGAAAAGCAAGCUAUGGUUCCAAGUUCAUGGAAUAAGAAAAAUGCCGACCAGACGGUUGCGCUUCUUUUAUGGGAUUACCCUAAUUUUAUGAGGCCUCUGGCACGCAAUAUGGUGCUUUAUAUGAUGGAUGACCGCCUGCGGACGGCAAUGAUGUAUGAGAAACCAGGAAGUAUCUAUAAGGCCUUCUUUUCCACGGUUUUCACUCUUCGAAAAUUAUACCUCCGCCACCUCUCCCUUCCUCGACCAUGGUUCCUGCGGUACCGCCGUAUCAGCCCCGGCACCAGCGCAGAAGAUCGCCAUUACUUCCUCACCUGGGAAGGUGCUCCAUACUACGUCAAACCAACUUUCAUGCACCGAUGGGGCCUUAGGGCGUGGAUCACAUGGAUCCGCGGGCUGCCUCUGCCCGGCGACGACCCCAAACAUAGUCCGAACGGAUAUUAUGUUCCGGAUGUCGGACCAGUUAAUUUCGAGGGCAAAGGGCGCGAGCAGGCCAAGGAGACAAAAGAGCGAUUGGUGAAAGAGAGAACUGGCCAGUGUCCAUUCUUGAUCAAAUAA